UGAAAACAUACAAAAUUUCCCCUCCUCAAGCAAUUUUUACUCUAAUCUUGGAAAUGUCUUGCCUUAUUCUACUCGUUUCUCCCCUCUUUUAUCUGUUUUCAUAACCUUUCACCUCUGGUCUUCCUUGGUGUUUGACCACUACCUAUCUCGAAUCUGCCUUUUGAUUCACCUCUCGCCCAUCCACUUUCAUCUUUUUCUGGACCUACUGCAUUCCGAAAUGGCUCAUCCUAACACUCGUGAGAUGGAUGUUGCCCGUUCUCUGCUUCACAUGGCGACUCCGGGUGAUGAUCAGAAUGUCCCUGCAAUCGACCAUCCUGGGACUGUCAGACCUACGAGACAAAGGGUCAUAAAAAGAGAACACAAUGCAGCCAACGGUGUUGGAGCUGGAGCACCCCAUCAAGGUCACCACCAACCAGUCAUGCUACAUGCUCAAACUCCAAUGCAUUAUCAGCAAACUGUCUUGAACCAUAAUCCACAGAACCUGCGUGAACAUCUUGUCCGACAGCAGCUUAUAGCUGGGAUUGCUCCACAGAAUGUUCUUCCCAUGAAUACACUUCAUGUUCCUCAAGAAAAUAUCAUCCCACGGAGGGCCCCGGCGUUGCUCCAAUUCACCAGGGACGGUGUUACUGUUCCCCAUGUUCAAGCCGCGGCUUUCAAUAAUCAAGCUGGCGCAUUCGCUGGACCGUUCCCUGGCUUACCAUACGAAGGACACACCAACCCAAUUCCUGUUUUUCAACGCCCUGCAACCGCUUUGGAUAUGAACCGGGUGCGAACUUAUCCGGCGCCAGCUCCUGCUCACAAUUUCGGUGGUUAUCCGCACAAUAUGCAUCAAGCUCAGGGUUACUAUGGACCUCUGGCGCCUCAUCCCCAGAAUCUCGGGCCAUAUACUGGAAAUGCACUCAACCAACAUGGUUUCAUGGAAGCACCAACCAGAAUUCCAAGCGUAAACGGCCACGGUUACGUGAAUAAUCCGUACGGAUGGGCCUUGAAACCUGAUCCUGAUGCAAGCCAGCGGCCGCACGGACAUUUCGUGCAUCUCCCUGAGACCAGUCAUACUCAAGGCUUCCAAGGCAUUCCGAAACUGAAGACCGAGCCCAUACACGAGGAGUACGGGACUGGAAACACUGAUGGCGUCGAAGACGUGGUCCGCACUAUGAUAGAUGUUGAACCCCCAGCUCCGCGCUGGAACAUCCAGCAGCAGCAGCAGCCCAACGCCGUCAGGACCCAGGACCCUAUGCUUUCGUAUCACAAGUUCAACAUCCUCCUUUCACUUCUUGACCAUCCCGAGAUCGCCUUGCAUGUCACAGGUCACCUUCGAGUCCACGAUGUUAUGAGUCUACAGGCCGUGUCGAGGUCAUUCCGUGCUUUUGUCGUCAAAUACCUGCCACGCAUUAUCAAAUUACAAACCCAGUCUAGACUGCGCACAGCUUCCUACGUCUUCCCGUGGCGCUGUUAUCAGAAGCUGUGGUAUACCCGGCCUGCCGCGCACACUGAACUUCCCGAGGGCACUGUCAUGUGCGCCAAUGACAGUCUCGUUGCAUAUUCUGCAUCGUUUCGCUGGCUGCAGAUGGUGAGACACCGCGACCACACUGUCUACUACAUCAUGAAAGCUCUUGACGCUGCUGGUUACAAUGUUCCUCACAGGUUCAAGCCUGCCCUCCUAAAGCUAUGGCUCCUGAUGGACAUUCCAGACACGAAGCGGCGCCUUUGGACCAUUCAAAACAAAAAUCUCUGGCGGGAUCUGGAUCUGUUUGGAGCAAUCUUCUUCAUCAUCCGCCUGGACAUGUACGUGAAGGUGAAGCGUAGUAACCCUACCGGCGGCCAGAGACGUCUUAUCAUGGCUCAGAAAGGCCUCACAUUCUGCUACAAGGUCCUGAACGGAGAGGCAUUGAAGGACGACAUGGAGCUUCUCAAGGCAUUCGUUCGCUGGCGGUACAACCUUCUUCCCGAACAGAACAUGAACAACGAGGAAAUCUUCGGAGUGCCACUUGCCGAGGUGGGCUCCCUGCAAUACGAGGGAUACGGCAAAGACCGGACAGCAGAGCUACUUCGCCCCGAUCAACUUAUUCUCCGCGAGGCACAGAGAAGACGCCUCGACCUGAAGGAUAUGUACCAGCGCAUCUUCAUUCACGCUCAGGAAAAGAUGUUUACUGCAUGUGAUCGCCACCAUAGUCCCUGGGACGAGGAGAUGAAGAUUGCGCUUGAGCUGAAGAACUCGGUCAAUAACCUCAAGGCCGCUUGCAAAUUGGAUUAG